UGGACGACUGAAUCGGGACAUUAAGUUAAAUAAUUCUUAAAUGCAGUUGCAGUUCAUCUGAAAUGUGUUUUGAUAAUCCGGCUUGUUGGCCAGAUUUAAGUUUCUAUGAAGCUUUAUAUACUGACUCCGCUUCAUAGCGCAGAUCCAGAUAUGUCUGAGGAAAGUUCUGGUGUGUAUCAGAGUGCUCAGUGGAGUCGCAGGAGACACAUGACCUGGUCACGGUUCAAAUACUUAGGAGUUGGUUAAUGAUACUUAACAUUUGGAUGUAAACAACAUACAAUGCCAGCGUUUUAUUGUAGUAAUGAAAAAGUCUUUCUGCCCAAAUAACCAUGUGUGGUAGGGAAUGACACCUAUAAAAUCUGCUUACCGAAAUACGUUUAUAAAACAGAUUAUUUAUUUUUAACUCUUAAAAAGCGGCCUUUUCCCGCGUUAUUUAUAAGAGUGUGAGACCGAGGCAUUAGGGUGUGGCAAGUGUAAAGCAAGAUGAAAUGACAUUCCACAGAUGUUUACACUGUACCAUGAAUGAAAAUCAAGUUGGACAACUAGGUGUAUUGAACACUGUGUCACAGAGACGGGGUGCCUGUUUGUGGGUGAAUCAGAAUGGGAGACAAGCCAAUUUGGGAACAAAUAGGAUCCAGCUUUGUCCAGCACUACUAUCAGCUAUUUGACACAGACAGGACCCAGCUUGGAGCAAUAUAUAUUGAUGCAUCAUGCCUUACGUGGGAGGGACAGCAAUUCCAAGGGAAAGCAGCAAUUGUCGAGAAGCUCUCUAGUUUGCCUUUCCAAAAAAUUGCUCACAGCAUAACUGCACAAGACCACCAGCCCACUCCUGACAGCUGUAUAAUGAGUAUGGUAGUAGGUCAACUAAAAGCAGAUGAUGACCCCAUCAUGGGAUUUCAUCAGAGCUUCAUACUGAAGAACAUUAAUGAAGCCUGGGUGUGUACCAAUGACAUGUUCCGCUUGGCGAUACACAAUUUUGGCUAAAAGCACCAGAGCCUGGCAGGAGGCAUGAGGGGGGAAGGUGGAGGAUGGGGUGCCCACCCCGGUGAGGCCUAAACCUUUGUUCGGUCUGCCCGUCAUUCAUCACUCUGAAAAAAGAAAACAGCACCGGAUUGCAGUCAGUCACAGAAAAACAUGCAGGCACAUGUCUUUGCAACAGAUAAGAGAUGUGUUCCUUUGCUGAAAGCCCACCGUUUCAUCAAAGUGACCCUUGCCCUAUGCCUACCUGCAUGAAGUUGCGGAGCUUAAACAUCAGAGGACCGCUGGACAAGGGGAUGGGGGAAGGACAUAUUAACCCAGCACUUGCUGUUUGAUCAUAUUUUAGUUGUUAAUUUGACUUUUAAACAAUACUUAUCUUUUUUGCUUUAGUUCACUGUGUUUUCAGUUUGCUUUAGAACAGAUUAUUCUUGUCUAACUUUUUUCUGUGUAAUGUCAGGUUGCUCUAGUUAUCCAAAGACAAGUUGAAAUGGUCAUCACCCAAACCCUAUUUGCUCAGACCAGUGUGCUUCCCAUUUCUCGCUCACUGCUCUCUGUGACUGCAGCCACGAUAUAUACAAUAAAACCUUGUUUUUUUCUUAACAAUGUAAUCUUGUUCCUCCACCUGUCCUUUGCUCAUAUUGUCUUUUUUUCCUGUUUUGUGCUUGCCUGGUAUUUUUUAUUCGCUGCAUUUUUUUUUUUUACAUUUUUUUUUUCCACAACUGAAGUAAAAAUUUUGUUCUAGCAAAGAACAGAGAAGCAUAUCAGUAUUUCUAUGAUGACAGAUUAGAAUAACGACUUGAGGCCCAUGUUCAUUCAUAUGGGAAGAGCGGGUUCCAGAUGUUGCUCACUUUGCGGUAUGCUUCUACUUAUUUGGACUGUUGAUUGAGCAGAGCUGGAAUGAUGUUUUUCUCCAUCACGUCUAGGAGCAGACAGUUUGGGUCACAUCAAACUGACUGCCCAUUACUACAGGAUUUUCCAUUGACAAGGAAAAUCCUGUUAUAAGUAUGCAUCUAACCUAUGUGUUGGCAGUGCCAGGGGUCUAUUCAAUGAACCAAUUGCACUGAUGGUUCACUUAGAUUUAAUAGACCAUGUCAUGGCAGGUCUUGUGAUUUAAACUGCAAGAAGGUGUAAUGCUGCAGUUUGUGGUGGGUGUACUAAAAUGCAGAAUUUCAUAAAGCAUGUCAUUUGCAUCUGGCUGUUGUAUCAGUCUUGGGUGGAUGGUGAUCCCAUGGUAUCUUCUGUGCAAAUGAGCUGGUAAGAACAGAACCCAAGAUCUGAUAGAUGAUUGCAGCAUGCCAGUGAAAGUUGGCAGAAGCUUGUGCUCAAUAAAGUAUUGUAAGAAUGUCA